CCGAGCCUGAGUCCGAGUAUAUAGAAGAGCCACGGCAGCCUCGUUCACAGAUAUCCGUUCGUAGACCCGCGAACCGAGCAUCCACCGUUCAUCCGUUUUCUCUCCCAGCCAGCCAUGAGACUUCCAAUCCUCCUUAUCGCCUUGGUUUUGACGACCACUGUUGCGCAAGAGAAAAACGCGCAGCGUUCCGCUCGCGCACCCCAAGCGCAGAUUAAGUAUCACGAUCCAAAUGGCUUGAAGGUCGACUGGAAAUUCUUCGGGGCCCUGAACCAAUAUCGCUCUCACGUGCAAAAUCCCGAGCCCGCCCAGCAGCCAGAGCCAGCUCACUCUCAACAACAGUCGCAGCAGCAACAGCUACAGUCUCAGCUGGUUCAAGUCGAACCCGAUCAGUCGGAACACACGUCGUACCUGCAGCAACAAACCCAAGCAGAACCUCAGCAGAUCGUUCCCAAUCGGAUACAGUACAAGACCGUCGUCGUUGAAUCACCUCAGCCCAUAGAGGAGCAGCCAGAACCGAACCAUCUUCAGUACAAAGUCUAUCCGCAAGCUCGAGCUCAGCCGGCGGAGGCUCAACCCGUGGAAGCGACGCAAUACACCAGAUACUCGAACGCUCCGGCUCGCGUGAAACAAGUGAUCCUGGAGGAGUUCAAACCGCCAAGCAUCCACCCUGAUCCAUCAUCCUAUUAUCCGUCUGACGUUCAGGUUCCUCAGUACGGUCAGCAGCCGGCGAACGCUGUCCAGUACGAGGAACCAGAGCAACAGAAGUCCAGAAGAGACUACGCGGACAGAGGUUUGCAAGGUAAGGUAGUGUACAAGAGCGAUUACGAGGAACAGGUGGCGCCACACAGUGUCGUUGAACGCAUCGAGGUGCCUGUCGAGAGGCUACCGUCGCCAAUCCCUCAGAAACUGGUCAUCGACAAGAGCAUGCCGAUGGAGAUUCAACAGUUGUUGCAGUAUCAGGCACGGUUGCCGUACGAGGUCAUCGCGAACAGCAUCUCCUCGAGGCCAAAGUCGCUGUUCAUACCGAAACCGCUGCCGGCUGCGAAUGCCAAGGGGCCGUAUCACUAUCGAAGCAAGGUUUACUACGUGAACAACGACGAUGUCGAGUACGAGGCCGAUAACGACGCGACGAAACCGGUCGAAGAAAAUCAGAGGCACUGAGGCAGCUAAAAUAUGGAAUUAGAAAGGGGUUUUGUUCGGUUGAGAGAUGUGGUCGAGAUCGAGGAGUUUGAGGAAACGGAGGGUCGGAUAAGCGUCAGUUAAGGAAUUACUUUUUAUCUCUGCACAUAGUGUUUCUUUUUAUUCAUCACACCUUGGACGCACGCACUAUAAUCCUCGUUCGUCUUCUUCUGUUUUCCCUAACUCCCAAUAUACAACAUUCAAACGACACACGUACCAACCUUUACAAGUUGCUAUGCUCGUCGACAUUCAUAAUGUACCAACAGAAGAAUGGAAGAAUUUGGGGUUUAAAGAUUUUCAGAGUUAGAUACGUUGGAAUUUUUAGUAUCUUGGUUUAGACUUUUUUUUCUUUAUCAAUGAGGUGAAAUUAAAUGUUAAUGUGGUUGGAAGAUUCAAAAAUUUUCUUUCUGUCUGCGUACAGUUUCGACGAGACGUGUCGCUAAAUUAGAUUGCAAUCUAAUUGAUUUCCUCGAGCCUUCGAUUUUAUUAGCACGUAGAACAGAUUAGAGAUUGAUGUAUAAUAUAUCUCUUCGUUUCGAGGUGUCAAGAAAGGGAGAAAGAUUAUUUAGAUUUCUUCUAAGUAAAUUUGUAACAGAAUAUUGUAUACUGAUAAUCUUCAAUUGCACAAACUCGUCAUUAACUUCAA